AAUACACCAGGGCUGGUAUAUAAGCUCCGAUUUAAUCAACUUUUUGUUCAUCUUAAAAUUAUGACUUCGUAGACAAGCAGGCCAGAUUAAAGGAUUAAAAUAUAAGGUAAAGAGGAUAAAAGCUUUACAAAGUGUUCCUAAGUUUAACAAGUGCACUGUCGUUGCAGACUUCGUGUUUAACUUAAUUACAAGUCUUGUGCAUUUACGUAUAAGCCAAUAAAACCUAGAUAAGAUGAUCCCAUUGUUUGCCGAUCUCAGACUUAUUGCUGUGUUUAUUUGUUGUAUUGGUUAUGCAUCAACAACUUUAUGUCAAUCAGGAGAGGUCAAUUUCAUGAGUUACCCAAAGUCACCAUUUCCUCAGGAGAAGAGGAUCAAGUUUGAACGUCCUUUCACUGAGAGACCAGUCGUUAUGUAUGCCAUCAAGAUGAUAGACUCCCAGUAUAACACCAAUACCAGAAUCAAGGUCAAACUACAAUGGGUGCGUCCAGAAAGAUUCUCCCUCUUCAUGACGUCGGCUUACGAUAGUAAACUGUUUGGCCUAGGAGUGUCCUGGAUGGCUUGUCCAUAACUGAGUGCUAUCAGACCCCAUCUCCCAUUUAACACUUUCUUUAAAACGAUACAUCUUCAUAAUUUCAUGUCUAUUCAUAAUGAAUCAUUAGGACACACGUCAUUAUGUAUAUAAUUUCAUAUAUGUUUUGCAAAUGAUGUUAUGGAAGAAAUAAAAUGCUUUCUUUA